AAGAAAAAGCGAUGAGGUGGUCCAUUAUUGUCACUGCUUUUAUUGUCCAUUCAAAUGGUUCAACGUAUAACGUACGUUGUUGAAUUGGUAACUUCUGCGAAGUCUCAUGGGAAUUAUCAAGCAUACAAAAUAUGUAAUGCAUACAAAAGUAGCCAAAUAAUUUGUUGUGAUUGCUUUUGUUGGCUUCAAAAUUCUUCUCUUCUAUUCUCUCUCUCUCUCUCUCUGUUUUCACUAAAGUGAAAAUGAAUAAUCUUGAUGAUCAGCCACAAACUCCAGCACCCAGCUCUAUAUCUCUAGGGAAGAGACAUGAUGUUUUCAUUAGAUUUAGAGGAGAAGACACUCGCAGUAAUUUCACUAGUCAUCUCAAUAAUGCCCUCAAGAAGAAUGGAAUUGAAACCUACAUUGAUGAUAGACUUGUUAGAGGAGAGGAGAUCUCCAAGGCUCUCAUGGAUGCCAUCGACCAAUCAAAGUUUUGCGUAAUUGUCUUCUCUCGAAAUUAUGCAUCUUCGAGGUGGUGCUUCGAUGAGCUGGUGCAUAUCCACAAAUGCAUGGAUAAGAAGAAUCUCAUUGCUUUGCCUGUUUUUUACCAUGUUGAUCCAUCUGAUGUGCGAAGACAGAAGAGAAGUUAUGAGGCUGAAUUUCUGAAAAAUGAAAAUCUUUUUCACGAAGAUAAGAUAAAAGAAUGGAGGGUUGCUCUAACUAAUGUAGUUAAUCAUUCUGGAUGGGAUACAUCUAAUACCAGGAACGAUGCUGAGUUAGUUGAUGACAUUGUCAAUUUUAUACGAGGGAAACUGAGACCUACCUCUUCAACAUAUCUUAUAGAGCAAGGCUUAGUUGGAAUGGAAGAGUCCACUAAAGAUCUAAACAAGUUGUCAUCCAAUGCUCCCAUUGUAGGAAUUUGUGGCAUGGGUGGUUUGGGUAAGACAACCCUUGCUGAUGUCAUAUUCAAACAAUCUCACCCUCAAUUUGAUGGUCAUAGUUUUCUUCGAAAUGUUAGGGAAGAACGACAAAAAUAUGGAUUGGCUUGUUUGAGAAAACGAUUGUUUUGUAAACUGUCAAAUGAGAAAGAUAUAGAUGAGGAUGAUUUAGAUGCUGUGAAGAAAAAGCUAAAUCAUAAAAAAUUGCUUAUAAUUCUUGAUGAUGUGGAUGACUUGGAGGAUUAUGAAUCUUUACUUCAAGAUAGCCAUAACUGGUUAGAUUCUAAGAGUAAAGUUAUUAUUACAAGUAGAAAUCUACAAGUACUUCGGAAUAUUAUUGGAGACGAUGAGAAGAUACAUAAAUUAAAAAUACUAAAUGAGAAGGAAGCUCUUGAACUAUUCUCUUUGCAUGCCUUCAAAACAAAGUCCGUUGAAGAAAGCUACAAAGAGCUUUCAAUAAAAGUAGUGAAUUAUGCUCAAGGUUUUCCACUUGCUCUUAAAGUUUUGGGAUCUCACUUAUAUUUAAAGAGCAAACAAGUAUGGCAAAGCGUGUUGAGUAAGAUGAAAGUAGAUCCCAACCAAACAAUUAUAAAUAAAUUAAAAAUAAGUUUCAAUGGACUGGAUGGAAAAGAGAAAAAUAUAUUUCUUGAUAUAGCAUGCUUUUUCCGAGGAUAUAGUAAAGAUUAUGUGGCAGAAAUAUUGGAUACUUGUGGUUCUUUUGCAGCUGUUAUUGAAGUAUUGAUUGAUAAGUGUUUGAUAACUCUGUCUUGGGAUCGACUUAUUCAAAUGCAUGAUUUGUUGCAAGAAAUGGGUUGGUCAAUUGCUCGUGGUUCACACUAUAAUCAUUUGGGAGACUAUAGUAGACUUUGGAUUGCUGAAGAUAUCUACAACUUGUUGAGAACUAAUAAAGGUACUGCGACAAUUGAAGGAAUAUUCUCUGUUGAUGAUGGACAACUGUAUGGAAAGAAACUAGAGGGCGUGAACUUGAAUCCUUUAGUCUUUAUGAAUAUGCCAUAUCUGAAAUUGCUUAAAAUGCCGAACCAUUGUGUAAAUGGACUUCAGUUUCCUCAAGGUCUUCAUGACUAUUUUCCAGACGAGCUCAGAUACUUGGAAUGGUAUAAAUGCCCUUUGAAAUCUUUAGGGUCACAUUUCACUCCACAUAAUCUUGUUUACCUUAAGAUGGUGAAUAGCCAGCUUGGGAAAUUGUGGAAUGAAUUCCAGGAUGUUGGGAACCUCAAGUAUGUCAUUCUUUCUCACUCAAAGAAUUUGACUUGUCUUCCGGAUCUUUCUCGAGCAAAUCUUCACAAGAUAUGCUUACAAGAUUGUACAAAUUUAGUUGAACUUCCUCCUUUAAGGUUUCACAAUGUUCUUGACUAUGGAGAAAAAGAAUGGGAAGCAAUAAACCGUUAUAAGAAUUUCAUAUUAUCUUUAAUAUAUGAUGAUGAUGAUGAUGAUGAUGGUUUUGGUGGAUAUUAUGAAUAUUCUGAUGGUGAUGAUGAUAGUUUUGGUGGAUAUUAUGAAUAUUCUGAUGGUGAUGAUAAUAGUUUUGGUGAAGAUUUAGAUGAUGAUUAUGGUGGUGGAUAUCUUGAUGAUGAUGACGAUGAUGAUGAUGGUUUAGGUGGAUAUUAUGAAGAUUUUGAUGGUGACGAUGAUGAUGAUAGUUUUGGUGGAUAUUAUGAAAGUUUUGAUGAUGAUUGUGAAACCUUUGAGUGGUUUAAUACCAGAACUGAUCUUUCUGAGAUGUCUAAUAAUGAUGAGGACUAUGAUUGCUUGGUAAAUCUCAGACAAUGUUCUAAGCUCAAAACUCUCUCAGAGAUGUCUGGUAAUAUAAAGUUCAUAUGUUUGCGUUCAACUGCAAUUGAAGAAUUGCACUCUUCAAUUGUCUUUCUCAACAAUCUUCUUGUGCUUGAUCUCAGAGAUUGUAAAUAUCUUAAAAGUCUUCCAAAAGAUAUUUCUAAAUUGGAGUCAUUGGAAUAUCUAGACAUGGGUGAAUGUGCAUUGAUUGACAAGUUUCCAGAGCUUCCAAAGAAUUUAAAAGGAUUAGAUUUGAGUGGAACAUCAAUUCGAAAAGUUGACUCAUCAUCCUUUGAGUGUUUACCUUGUCUAAAUAUUUUAUACAUGAAAGAUUGCACUAAUCUUGAAAGCCUCCCAACUAGCAUUUGGAAGUUGAAGUCUCUUUUCGGGCUGUCUUUUGAACAUUGCUCACAGUUGAAAAGAUUUCCAAAAAUCUUGAACACUGUGAAGAAGCUAAAGGAGCUUAAUUUGAUCGGAACUGGAAUUAGAGAGGCACCGUCACCAAUAGAGAAUCUUAUUGCAUUGAAAAAGUUAAACUUAAGCAAGUGCAAAAGGCUCGAGUUUAUUUCAACUGGCAUUUGUCGACUGAAGUUUCUUAGCGAACUGAAUCUCUCUAAUUGCCCACGAUUAAGAGUCCAUGAACAAAUUUUGGAGUUUACGAAGAAUCUUUCUAAAUUUGAACACAAGGAUUAAGACAUAUUAACAGAGAAAAACCUGAACUUCUCUGGAGAUUGAAGCUUAAACUUUGGUGAAACUUUCUUAUUCUUAUUAUUAUUUGAUUAAGAUUUGACUGCAUCAUAUCAUAUCUUGAAAGAAUGUAAAUUGUAUUUAUUUUGUAAGAGGCAGAGUGGCAUAUAUCUCUUAAUUGGCUGUCCUGGUUUCACUUCCAUUGCAUUUGGGAAAUAUAAUGGCAUGUUGAAACUGUCGAGACAUUUUUGCUUUCAAUUAUAUUUUGAAAUAGUGGUCAAGUAUACAUAUUU